AUUGAAAGGCCUGCUUGAUGUAUGUGCUUCGUCAUUUUACAGUUAAAUUAAUACAGCCAUAAGAAAGAUGUCAGCUUUGGCGUCCUAGGAUCCGCUUAAUGGCGGUUUGAUAAAAUGGAUGCACACACGCAGGGGGUGAUAGACCCCGGAAUAUCUUCACGUCCCCCUGAAACGUGAUUGGUGCAAAAAUGAAGGGAUAAAGGAUUCUUGUUGGUUAGUGAAACGUGUAUAAAAAUGAAGUGUUACGAUGGUGUAAAUGACAUCUCGGGUAGGAUAUCAGUUACAUAGAUAGAUGUAUAAAUAAUAAAAACAGUAUGUAAAUUUGAUUACUUAUUUAAAAGUUACACACCACUUGAUUUUAAGACAGAGAUAUGAUAGUAGGUAUCACAAGUAGGACCUCUACAAGGUAUUAACAACCAGUAAACACAGAUGAUGGAGAUGAACGAAACUUUAGCUAGAUCCACGUCGGUGUGUGGUGAUGGCAAUACUACCCUACCAGCAAUGAAACUGGACUACACCUUGGCUGACACCACUACAGUCAUCUGUGGCAGUUUAUCUUUCCUUCUAAUUUUACCUUUCGUUCUGUUUACGAUCCGAAAGUUUCCUAUUGGUACGACCACGUCGGUUUUAACCGGUGCAGCACUUAUGGUGAUAACAACCGUCCUAUCCCAGAAAGAAGUUUACCAUCUUCUGGGUGAAACAGAGAAUCUCCGGACCAUAUUCCUGCUUCUUGGGAUGAUGCUGCUGUCACAGUUCUUUGAACGGGAGAAAAUGAUUGGAAAAAUUCUGAAAAUAUCAUUAAAAGAAUCUCAUUCGUUCGCCAACUAUAUCUGGAGAGUGAGUCUGGUAACAUUUAUCUUUUCCGCUUUGUUUACAAAUGAUGCGGCUUGUGUUAUUCUUACCCCAAUCUUCUUAAAAUAUUGGGAAAAACAGAAUCGCCGAGCUGCCGAACUUCAGACCCUUCUCUUAGCCAUAGCAACAUCGGCUAAUAUUGGUAGCGUUACGACAAUAUUUGGAAAUCCACAAAUGGCGUUAAUCGCUUCUCGAACGGACAAUGAAAAGUUUAGAGAGAGUACUCUGACUUUAGUCCGAAGUAUCAUCUAUUUGGGCGUGCCAGCAUUAAUUGGUUUUGGGAUUAAUUAUGGAUUUCUAAUAUUGCACUACAAAGUACGUCUUCGAUUAAAGAUAAGGAAAUAUGGUUCCUCUGGGGUUUAUUCAAGACCCAAACCGGGUAUGAUAAAAGGAGAAGAUGAAGUUAAUGGUGGUGGUGAUCUAGGAACAGCUGAGAGGUCCAUCAUCUUUUCAGAAGACGGAAAUAGGAAAUCAAGACAUGUUAAUAAUGAUGAUGAUGAUUUGGCCACGGAUAAAGAUAAUGCACUGGAAACUAACUAUAAAGCUGACAGUGCUUUAGUUAUUAAUAUAAUAGAUAAAACAACCAAACCAGCAGACAAACAAAUUAUUAUCGAACAGGAUCCCGGUUACACAUUCAACCAAAGUCAUUCUCGAGGCUUUAAAAUAUUUCUAUGUGUUUUAUUGGUGGUGGUAAUUGUUCUCAUGUUUAUAAAAGUUGGUGACUUUUCUUUUGACAUAGGUUUGGUGCCUAUGCUCGGUGCAACAAUAGCGCUGGUUGUUGAUGCAGCUUUUAACAAGAAAAAUGCGUCUGUUAUUAUGGGAAGAGUUGAUUGGGGAGUGAUUAUGAUGUUCUUUGGUAUCUUUGUUUGGCUUCAUGGUAUUAACACUACCAGAAUUCCUCGAUGGAUCUGGAAGCAAAUGGGUCUGGCUGACGCCAACUUAGAUGAUACCCACACGAUUGUUAUUCUCUGUGUUUUUGUUAUUUUCUGUUCUAAUAUUUUCAGUAAUGUUCCUUUGACUAUAAUAGUUCUAGAUCAGUUGGAACCCUGCAAAAACCAAUUUGCUCUGGUUUUGUAUUUAGGAUGGUGUUCUACCAUAGCGGGCAAUCUUACAUUAUUUGGUAGUGUAGCCAACUUAUUGGUGGCUCAGAAAGCUAAGGAAACGUUGGACGAACCACUGACUUUCAUGGGAUAUUUGAAAUAUGGCUUCGUUUCCACCAUGAUAAUUGUUGUUAUUGGUAUUCCAAUUAUUUAUGCUCUAUUGUUAAUUUAAUUUUUCUUAAUAUAGAAUGAUCAGAUACUUGCAAAUAUUAACAACAUUUACUUACAAAAUAAAAUAUGUAUAAAUUAAAAAUAAUAUGUCGCUAGUAUCGUGUGUGACAAAGGAUAUGCCGUUUCCAGAAUUCCUUUAAUAGUAAACCGGUUAACCGUUACUUUAGUAGUAAACCGGUUAACCUUUACUUUUGUCAUGGUAGUUAACUGGUUAAUCGUUAUUUUUGUCCUCCGUUAAUUAGUGCUUCCUGUCAGUCAAUGAAAACUGGUUUAUGUCUGAACAUCAUGUGAUUAUAUCACGUGACUAUUUGUUGUUUAUUAUAUAAAACAAUCUCGGCUAUUAGUUUAUUUGUAAAUACAGGUUUAAUAAUAUUUUAAAGAAUAAGCUUCAAUCGGAUGUUGAACCCCACCCUGAAAUCAUCCUAUCCCUUAUAUGAUUGUGUUCACAAGAUUCCCAUUUACACCACGGAAUGCCGCUUGAUUGGGGGUGCAAUUUCAAUUAGCUUUCAUUUUGAUAUCAAUUAAAAAUGUUGAGUUGACAGGAUUGUAUCUGAAGAUCGUCCGUCCAAAAUUCUACACUCACAUAAAAGCAUAAGUUGAUUGUGUGGAGAUUAAAAUUAGUAAACACACUCAAGUUGGACCCAUCACAAUCACAUCGACUCAAGCUAAUCAAAUACUUGAACCAAAUAAAACAGUCUUACUGUGUAAUGUAUCUUUGGAGCUCCUUAGGGUUUGUUUCAGCCUUGACACAGUUCUAAUUUAUUAUUUUAGUGGGAUCCACGGUGGCAAAGUGAUUUAGACGCUGGCUCGAUUAGCCGAGGGAGUUCAUCGGGAUUUUCCGGCGUGGCUUCCUUUUGUCAGUGGUGCAGGACGGGAGGGCCUGACAAAGACAUCUGUAUAGUCGUUGUAAUGUAUGAAAAUCCGAGGACCCGUGUACACAUUGGCGUGCACGUAAAAGAUCCCUUCGCAGUUGGAAUUCGAUAUGAGUAGGCCGUAGCGCCGCUGUCCGGGCAAAAGGCGUAUGUCCAUCUUCAUUAGCACAGUAGGACGUUAAACCCCAGUUCAUUUCAUUUAUUAUUUUAGUACAAUGAGUGUUGUACAGAACUUCCGUAAAGGUUGUUUUAGGCAGAGAGAGAGAGAGAGAGAGAGAGAGAGAGAGCAUUUUGUAUAUUAUCUACAGUUAGCUGGAGAACAGACACUAAACUAGUUGACCGACAUUUUAAGUCCUAAAUCGACGAUUUUAGUCGGAGACACUAACAAUAGCCUACUUCCUAGAAUUUUGAGAAGUAUUUAUUCUGCUUCCAUUUAAUCAAAUAGAAAAUGUUUUUUCAGUCUUUGUGUGUAGGGUGUGAGACGUAGUAGUACCGCAUUACAAAACAAUAUACUGUUUUUUGGAUAUGGCUGCCUUUUAGUAGAUGGAUCUCUUUGUGCAGAAUAAGAUUGGGUAUGGGUGUGUUGGGGGGGGGGGGCUGUAGAUAGCUAAAGUAGAUUUGGUAUGUGCGCGAAGCCGUAGACAGCUAAAGUAGAUUUGGUAUGUGCGCGAAGUCGUAGACAGCUAACGUAGAUUGGGUAUGUGUGCGGGGGCGUUGCAUGAUAGCUAACGUGAAUUUGUUAUUUGGCAUGUGUGAGUGGGGGCGUAGACAGGAGAUUGGAUAUGUGUGUGAGUGGGGCCUAGAUAUCUAAAGUAGAUUAGGUGUGUGUGAGGUCCGUAGACAGCUAAGGAUGAUAGGUGUUAGGGUGUGUGGGGGUGGGGCCUAGACAGCUAAAAUGGCUUGGGUCUGUGUGCGGGGGAAGGGGUCACAGAUUUCGGAACGGGAUAUUGUCUGGGCAGUGUUUUACUGAUUAUAAGGCUACAGAAUUGUUUAAUCUGGAUAGGGAAGAAGCAGGUGUUUAUAAUAUAGUUAUUAAUUUGUUGGUUUUAUACCAUGUUAUAGUUAUAUAUAAAUAUAUCAUACCUGGAUUUACAGGUAAUAUAAAAACAUAUGUCAUAUAGAAAAUACAUAUAUGUAUAUAAUCAUUUUUACUUUCGUAUUCAAAUUUUAUAGAUAAUACAUUUUGUUUUAAUAACUAUAGUUAAAAAAUAGAUUGAAAAUAAAUUCAUUAGAUUGUA